AUGCCUCCACGACUGCGGUUACGGCCACCGCUCAGCCGCAGCCAUGUCGUGGUGACGACGCCAAGGACGGCCCGGCUGCCACCAGCCUGUCUGUUCUGCUCGGGAGGAAGACGACGUGUGGGUUUUCCAGCAGCAGUCAGCCGAUUUCAGCGCGCCGUCUCAACAGCUGCUGCGGCCGACGGGAUGCCGGCCAGCGUGACACCGGCCCAGGCGCGCGCCAACCUCGAGGCCGCUCUCUGCGAGCUGCAGAAACACGCUGGCGUGCUCACCAACCUGCCACGACUGCAACUGGCCAUCCGUGGCCUGCAGCAGCAGCCAGGCCACGAAACCAUCCGUGUGGCCGUGCUAGGUCUCGCGAACAAAAAUGACAGCAGCCGUGCCGGUCAGACGGCCAAGGAGCUGCUACGACUGGUCCUCGCCGACCCGCUCAAGAGCGAGGAGGUCUGGGAGACCCGCCUGGCCGUCCACGAUGCCCGCCAGCCGCUCGUUGUGCGCGUACAGGGCGGCACGGUCAGGCUCUCACGCGACGGCGAGGCAGCCGAGCUGCUGGUGUCGUCGCCGUCGCUCAAGGACAGCAACAUGGAAUUUCUGGUCAUGGAAUCCAGCCUGGCCAUGCCCACCGCACCCCACGGCUUCGAGGGCCAGACGGAGACGUUUGCAGAGACCGUCCUGGUGCCGACCGUCGACAUUCCCGCCUCAUCGGACGGCCGGUACACGUCGGUAGCCACGCCGGUGCACCAGGCGCUGAUCGUGACGGACGGCAUUCUCGGAGCGGCUGCCGUCGCCAAGAUGCCGUUGCUGGAGAGCAAGGACGAGAUCUUGGCGGUCGUGCAGCUCCGGAACCGCGACGCCGCUGAUCUGGCCGGCUGCUCCUUUGUCACGUACGACGGCCGGUCAUCGGCCCAGGCUAUCGGGCUGUUUCGCGAGAGCGUCGCCAACGCGCUGGCCUACGAGACACGCUGGCGACAGAGUGGCAUGCCGACCAUCAUUGACUGGCUGCGAGCUGGUGCUGCCAACCGCACUGACGGCAGCACGAAGCCACCGGUGCGCCAACUAGUCGCCUCAGUUCUGCGCCACGCCCUGGCCAACAUCCAGGACGCCGAGGCAAAGCAGCUCGCCAAGACAAACGGUCCAGAUGCCGGACAGCUGCCGGCCGGCUCGUUUGCCGCUCUCAACGGCGCCCUUGCCGGCUGGGCCGAAAAAGCACACGCCGAGCUGCAGCAACAGCUGGACCUCGCCUUCUCCAGCCGUCGCUGGCGCAAGCUGGGCUGGUGGAAGCUGUUCUGGCGCGUCGACGACGUCACCAUGCUGUCGGCCGGCCUUGUCGCCCAGCGCUUCCUCCCGGCCGCUGAGCAGGAGAUGGUCUACCUUGCUGGCCGCUUCGAAGAGGCUGCCCGGCUGGCCCAGCCGCCACGCCCAGAUGGCGAGCCGGCCUCGCUCGUCCUGUAUGCAGCGCCCAUCGUGUUGACAAGGUCCGCGGACACGUCGCCGCCGACGCGAUGGCCCACGCACAUCGCCUUCACGCGCCGCUACCUGCUCGACGAGACGGUGCCGGCCCUGCAGGCGCUGGCCCAGAAGCUGGUGCUCCAGACGGCCACCACGUCGGGCAUGACGACGGCCCUGGCCGUGUUGACAUAUCUCUCGUCGCUUGGCUCGUACGAGGCCGGGGCUGUGGCCGCCUUGGGCCUGGUCUGGAGCCUCGGCCGCAUGCAGCGACAGUGGGAGACGGCCCGCGACUUUUGGGAGAGCGAGGUGCGCGAGGAAGGCCGCAAGGCCGUGCGGUCUGUCGAGGCCAGCGCUGCCGACACGCUUGACCGCACGCGCGCAGCGGCAACGGACGAGCAGCAUUGUGACCGCGUCCUGCAGGACCUGCGACAGGCGCGGGAGCUCGUGCGCAAGGCCGAGGAAGCCUUGCAGCAGCUCCAAUAA